GACCCCGAUACACGUUUGUCCAGUCCAUGGCGGUCGCAUUUCAAUACACAGCUUAGUUCAGUAUAAUGCAUGUGAAUGAACAGAGUUUAGUCUCUUAUGUUUAGAUUUGCUUUAAGAUUACCGCACGUAACUCUAUGUAAAAAAAUAACACCAAAUUGCGCACCUGUUAGCAAAAUAAGUAAGUUACUCACAUUCCUUUGGUGCUGCCGUCCUCAUCCGAUAUCACCGUGCACUGACCGACGACAAUGGCUCUCCUCGGCGACGACGGUCAAGGCUACGAACUCGCCCGACGGCUCGAAAGCCUAGGCGUUUGGCGGACGUGGCUUGGCGACACCCUCUAUGCCUCCUUCGUUCACGUCCUUUCUUCGCCUUCCUCGUGGGAGUCCUUCAUGCGGGCUGACGAGCCCAAAUCCCGUCCGCAGAUCCUCCUCCAGCUCCGGGCUCGAGCCCUCUUGUUCGACAAAGCUAGCGCCUCUCUCUUUCUCCAGUCGAAUUCUUCUUCUUCUUUUGCUGUUUCGAACCUGAAUCCUAAUUAUUUGCAGUUGCACGCAGACGACAUCUACUACACACUGGAGGAUGCGGAUCAACGGCGAGACAGUGGUGUUGUGUCCAAUACGGGGCCGUCCAAGAACCAAUCUAAAUCAGUUAUUGGUGGUGGCGUGAGAUUUGGUGACCCUGAAGUAGGUAACAUAUCCCAGAGGUUUAGGAAUGAAGAAUUUCCAGAAACAUGGUACAGUCAGUUUAUAGAGAAGCAUAGAGGUAGCAGACCUGGUAGGUUAUCAUUUGGGGACAGAGAGUCUGACAAGCGUACACCUGAGGGGAUGUCUAAUUAUCUUAGACUUCUUAAACGGCAUAAGAGAAGUCGUGUAGCAUUUAAUGAAGAUCAACAUGAGGGAUUUGGAAAUCCUGUCUGGGACAAUACGGCAAACAUACAUCCUAGUUCUGCUUUUGAUGGGACUAAUGAUGAUGUAUUAUUUUUUCCAGAGACGAUGUUUCCUUUGAACUGUGUACCGGAUACUGCACUUCCAGUGGUAACUGGAGAGCUAGAUGAUCGGAAAGUGGAGUUAUGUGGAGUUCUUGAUACCUUGCCUCAGGUUAUGACUAGGAGUCCUGUGAUUAUUGAGAGGCUUGGUAUUAGGCCUGAGUACCUCAGCAUGGAACAGAGAGGAAGUGUUCAUCGUGGGAAAAAUGGGUCUGAAAUCAAUAAGAAGUCUCUUGGUCCCGAGCAAGCAUCACAGAUGUCGAAAAAGGCAGCAGUACGCAUGUUGACAGGGUUGGGGUUUGAAGGUGGUGCAGAAGUUCCAGUGGAAGUCUUAUCUCAACUCCUUAGCGGUCAUAUUUGUAAACUAGGCCGUACCUUGAAAGUUCUUGCAGAUAGUUACAGACAGCAGUAUUCAGCCCUUGAACUAAUUAAGAUGUUCCUUCAAACAACAGGAUAUAGUAAUUUGGGAGCUUUAGCGGAGCUUGUUAAGGAUGGUAGCAGGAAUUCCAUGCAACAAAGUCAGCAUGGUUUGCAGUCUCAAAUUCCGUUACAGCAGCAGAAUCCCCUUCAACUACCCCAACAAAUCCAGAGACAAAUGCAUGCGCAGAUGCGGCAGAUGGUUCCCCAGAGUUUGGCCCUUCAGCAGGAGCAGUUGGAGAGAAUGCGCAGGCGCCAGCCACCAACUCCUCGUACUGCCAUGGAUACGGAUAAGGAGAGACCACCCUUGGUGCAAGUCAAGAUUGAAAACACUGAAUUGCCAAUGGAUGGUAAUAUCUUCAACCCUAUGAACCCCAGAUAUCAACAAAUGCAGCAGUUAAGGCAACAGCAGAUUGCUGCAAUGUCAAACUUCCAAGCUCAGCCCAGCAAUCAAAUUAGGCAGAUGGCAUCUCUACAAAUUCCUCAGAUGCAGACACCGAAUUUGGGCACUGUUCGUGCUCGACCCGUGAAGGUUGAAGGUUUUCAGGAACUGAUGGGUGGGGAUGCUGCAUUAAAGCAUGAUUCUGAAGGAAGCAAGCUAGCCUCUCCAUCAAAUAAGUAGGUCUGUGAGCAUUACCUUCUAGUUGUACAUAUUUACCGAGACUGUCUGACCCUGGUAGUCUUGCCAGAAAUGUUUUGCACCUUUGUUCAUUCCUGAUAGAGAAGGAAAAAAGGGUCGAUCUGCAUGUAGUUUGUGUGUAGUCAUACUUUAUAUGAUGUCUGAUGUUAUGUACAGUUUGAUUGUAAAGGAGCAAUCUUAACUGUAUUCUGUUUUUUUGUCUGGGGAGCUCAAACGUUACUGUCUCUGCUUGUUACUUUGGACUUCAAAUCCUGAAGUCCAUGUUUAUGGGGCAUAGAUAAAGCAUUCAUAUGAAUUUACGUA